GAGCAGAAUUUAUAAAUUCCAGUCAUCUCUCAAAAUUUGUUGAAACUUGCAAAUAUGGCAGAUGGUUACACAGUCGCUCAGCUGUUUGACUCCACGACGGAGGCUUACACCUACGAUGACAUUAUCAUCCUUCCAGGAUACAUUAGUGGACCCAAGAGCGAGAUAAAUCUGACGUCAAAUUUGACAAAAAACAUCAAAUUGAGGAUUCCGAUUGUAUCUUCGCCUAUGGAUACAGUCACGGAGUCAAAGAUGGCCACUGCAAUGGCACUUUUAGGAGGAAUCGGCAUCAUCCACAACAACUUGCCACUGGAAAGAGCAAUCGAGGAGAUCCGGGCUGUGAAACGCUUCGAGAACGGAUUUGUGAUGAAACCGCACUGCCUAAAACCUACUGAUACCGUUGCUGACUGGAUAGAAAUUCGAGAUAGGCUGGGCUACCACUCUGUGCCCAUCACAGUCGAUGGGCAUAGCGGCUCAAAACUCUUGGGAAUUGUCACUAACACAGACAUUUACUUUGUGGAAUCCAAGGACACACCCAUGAGCGAAGUGAUGACGACUGAUAUGAUUGUUGGAGACAAGUCGCUGACCCUGGAGGGUGCAAACGGGUUGCUCUUUAAGAGCAAGAGAGGAAUCCUUCCCAUAGUCAACGACGCCUACGAACUCGUCUCUAUGGUUACAAGAUCCGAUUACUACAAGAAUAAGCUUUAUCCGGACGCUUCAAAGGACGAGAAUAGCCAACUUAUGGUAGGGGCUGCCAUUUCCACAAUGCCAGGAGCGCUUGAAAGAGCAGCCAAACUCUUGGAGGCGAAGGCAGAUCUUUUGGUUAUUGACUCUAGCCAGGGAAAUAGCAUUUACCAAAUCGACCUUUUGAAGCAACUAAAAAGCGCCUAUCCAAACGUUGAGGUUGUCGCCGGAAAUGUUGUUACUGGAAGCCAGGCAAAGAAUCUGCUGAAUGCAGGUGCUGAUGCGCUAAAGGUUGGUAUGGGCUCUGGUUCGAUUUGUACCACUCAAAACGUCUGCGGUGUUGGAAGAUCCCAGGCUACUGCCGUUUACUAUGUCUCCAGAUAUGCUAUGGAGUAUGGAAAUGGAGUUCCGAUUAUUGCAGAUGGUGGUAUCAAGCACUCUGGCGAUAUCAUGAAGGCUCUGUCUCUGGGUGCAUCGACAAUUAUGGGUGGCAACAUUCUUGCGGGUACAAAAGAGGCUCCUGGAGACUAUUAUGUCAACAACGGUCUGCGUAUGAAGAGCUACAGGGGUAUGGGAAGUCUGGACGCUGUUUUGUAUUCCAAAAAGAUCCUUGGAGGAGAAGGUUCAAUCUCCCGUUACAAUAUGGAUAGUAACAACGUUGUUUCUCAGGGAGUUUCCGGUCUCUUGACUGACAAGGGCUCUGUGAAUAACAUUGUCCCUGCGCUUGUUGAAGGUGUGAAGCAUGGAAUGCAGAAUUGUGGCUACAAGACGAUUCCGGAACUUCAUAGAGCACUUUACUCAGGGGAACUUCGCGUGGAGCACAGAUCAACGAAUUCACUAAUUGAAGGCAACGUUUCAAAGACAAUUUCAAAUAUAAAAUAA